AUGAGUGCCGCGGGCAGCACCCAGACCGCCGAAAGCUACAAACCCAAAGCCAGGCCUCAAUCCAUCUUGGCCCAGGAGUUCUCCGCCGCGCUGGAUGAUCUCUUCAAGUUGAACGGGCUAGGAGAGCUCGAGGAAUCUGUGGUUCAGAAGAAGGACAAAGUCCAAACCCAACGCUACCAACUCGAAGACCUUGACGCCAAAUUGCGCGAGACCAGCGAACGACUCCGACGACUCGAAACCAAGCACCGUCGACACCAAAGCCAGAUGCAAAUUCGCACGCACCAAAUGCACCAGCAGCGCUCAUGCCCUGUAUCGUCCUCAUCAGAAGACCCCGCCGACAAUGAUGUUGAAGACGACAGCUCCGGCGACAGCGACACCCAAACCGCACCCACUCGUCCACGCCCACAACAAGGCGAGCGUGUCCCGAGGUGA